CCCCGCUCCCCCCCCCCCCCCCCAACUCGUCCUCCCCGUUUCCUUGUAUUCCUUGGCUCGAGCUCGAAGGCCGUCGAGGUGGUGCUUCUUCCCCCCUUUCUCUCGUCGGCGGCAUCGCGGAAGCCUGCGUUCCCUCUCCUCGCUUCGAGAUUGGUUUCGAGAUGAGAGAUCGGGAGGCCGCGAAUUGCCCUCUUUAGAUCCGUGCUCUCCGGUGGGAAUCAUCGGUGUCGGGUAGCUCUGUGGGAUCUGAGUCCGUUAGGGUUAGGGUUGUUUGCUUGGUUUCUCGAGGGAAAGGGAGGGAAAGGGAGGGGGGAGGAAGGGAGGGAAAGGGAGGGGGAGGAAGGGAGGGAGUAUGCCGGCGCGGGGAUUCUCUUCGUCGAAGUCGGAGAAGAAGGGGAAUGCCGCCGCGAAGCAGCAGGAGAGGAAGGACCCGUAUGAGGUUCUUGGGGUGGGUCGCAAUGCCACGGAUCAGGAAAUCAAGAGCGCGUACCGAAAAUUGGCUCUCAAGUACCAUCCUGACAAAAAUGCUAACGAUCCUGUAGCAGCUGAUGUAUUCAAGGAAGUCACGUAUUCAUACAAUAUCUUGUCAGAUCCAGACAAACGGCGUCAGUACGACACAUCUGGUUUUGAGGCUCUUGAAUCAGAUGGUCAAGAAAUGGAACUUGAUCUGUCAAGUCUAGGUACUGUGAACACAAUGUUUGCUGCACUUUUUAGUAAACUUGGCGUGCCAAUUAAGACUACGGUAUCAGCAACCAUAUUAGAGGAAGCACUGAAUGGCGCCGUAACCAUUAAUCCACUUCAGUUGGGGCAAUCUCUGUUCAGAAAGGUAGAAAAGCAGUCUGCUCAUUUUUAUUCUGUAGAAAUAACAGAGCAGGAGGCAAGGAUGGGGUUUGUGUGCCGAGUGCAUUCAGCUGAUAAAAGCAAAUUCAAGCUGUUGUACUUUGAGCAGGAAGAGAAUGGUGGAUUGAGCCUCGCAUUACAGGAAGACAGUAUAAAGACAGGAAAGGUUACUUCUGCAGGAAUGUUCUUUCUCUGUUUUCCUGUUUACCGAUUUGAUCAUAGUAACUCGAUGGCAAUUGCGAAGGAUCCUGAUGCUGCCUUCUUCAAGAAAUUGGAUGGAUUCCAACCAUGUGAAAUAAAUGAGCUGAAAGCUGGCACCCACAUAUUUGCUGUCUAUGGUGAUAACUUCUUUAGAAAUGCAAACUACACCAUAGAGGCCAUGUCUGCUGAACCAUUUUCAGCUGAAAAGGAAGAACUCCGAGAUGUGGAGGCAAAAAUUCUAACCAAAAGGGCAGAAAUAUCUAAGUUUGAGACUGAGUACAGAGAGGUAUUGGCGAAGUUCACUGAGAUGACAAGCAGAUACACAGAGGAAAUGCAAGCAAUAGAUGAGCUCCUAAAGGAACGGAACACCAUCCAUGCCUCCUACACGACCAUUUCACCUCUAAAGCGGAAUUCUAGUAGUAGCAAGAUCAGAGCUUCAUUUAGGGGGUCUAAAAGUGAAGAUGACCGCCAAACAAGAGAAAAGAAGCCGAGGGAUCGUCCAAAAAGGCGGAAAUGGUUCAAUAUUCACUUAAAGGUGGACAAGCGGAAACCCUGUUGAAAAAGGUGAGAGGUGUACAUGAAAAAAAAAAGAGGUGAGAGAUUGUUCAGCUAUUUUGUCCUGCUUUAGUUUCCUCGCCUUUGCUUACUAUGUUUUCGUUUACAGUAUCUGAAUACUCACGUUUAUGCUCAGUAGUUACCUGAGUGAAAUCUGUUGAUCCUGUCUUUCUUUUGUUCUUUCCUUACAUUCCUUGCCAUUAUUUGUUUCUAUUCAAGGGUUCUGAAUUUAUGUUGGCAAAGAGAAGAUUUGGAAGACC